AUGGAUCUAAAGAAGUUAACAUCAAAUGUGAAGCAAAUACAAGAUGAUGUAUUAAAGGAGAUACUUACGCUUAGUGCUAACACAGAGUAUCUCCGAGGCUACCUCCAUGGAAGCUGUGAUAAAGAGUUAUUCAAGAAGAACGUACCGGUAGUAAGCUACGAUGAUGUUAAGCCUUAUAUCGAACGAGUUGUGAAUGGAGAACCUUCAGAUGUCAUUUCUGGAAAACCCAUUACUCGAUUUCUCUUGAGCUCAGGAACUACUGCAGGGAAACAAAAGAUCUUCCCAGUUAAUAACAAGUUCUUUGAGGACAUGUCAUUUAUCAUUGCUCUACGCUUAUUCGUUAUAUCAAAGCAUUUCGAAGGUGGCCAAAAAGGAAAGGCGUUAACGUUGUUUUUCACCAGGCCGCAGUCUACAACGCCAUGUGGUUUGCCUAUUUCUACUUCGUUUACGGGUUACUUAUUGAGUGACAGUUUCAAGAACCGGCCCUCAAAUUGUUUUACAAGCCCAGACGAAGUGACGUUGUGCCCAGAUAACAAGCAGACUAUGUACUGCCAUCUUCUUUGUGGUCUUCGUCUGAGAGACGAAGUUGUGAAUGUGACUGCUACCUUUGCUUCAUCUUUGGUUGGAGCAAUCACUUUUCUUGAAAGCUACUGGAAAGAAAUGUGUAGCAAUAUCCGGAAUGGUCAUGUUAGCGAGUGGAUCACCGACCUUAGUUGCAGAGACGCUGUUACUAACAUCCUAGGAGGAGGUAACUCCGAAUUAGCAGAUCGGAUUGAAAAAGAAUGCAACACAAAAUCUUGGGAAGGUAUAUUCACACGUCUUUGGCCUAAAGUAAAAUUCAUUCAAAGCACUGUUACAGGACAAAAUUCUCAAUGCAUUCCAAUGUUAGAGUUUUACUCCAACAAUGUGCCUUUGAUCUCCACGGUCUAUGCAUCUUCUGAAACAAUGUUUGGGAUAAAUAUGAAUCCCUUCUGCAAACCACAAGAUGUAUCCUAUACUUUUAUUCCCACCUUAUCCUACUUUGAAUUCAUACUUGCUGACGAAGGAAACAAAGGUGAAAUAGUUGAUCUUGUGAAUGUCAAGAUUGGGUCCUACUAUGAGCCCUUGAUCACAAAUUAUUACGGGUUGCACAGAUAUAGAAUGGGAGAUAUUCUACAAGUGUCUGGAUUUUACAAUGAUGCACCUCAAUUUAGGUUCGUUCGCAGGAAAAAUGUGGCUCUAAGCGUCAGCUUGGAAGUGACAACUGAAGAAGACAUUUUAAAGGCAUUGAAUAAUGCAACACUUGUUCUUAAGAGUUCAGAUUUAGUAUUGAUGGGAUUCACAUGCUAUGCUGAUAUCUCCACUCUUCCAGGUCACUACAUUUUUUACUGGGAACUCAAAUCCAAAACCAUCAGUGACAUUGUUAAACUUGAUAACAAAGUAUUGGUGGAAUGUUGUUGUGUAAUGGAGGAAUCUUUAUGUGCUCUUUAUCGAGAGCUGAGGAGUAAAGAUGGGUCUAUUGGAGCUCUAGAGAUUAGGGUUGUGCAACAGGAAACGUUUAAUUCGCUGAUGGAGCUUGCCAUCUCUCAAGGUGCUUCCCCAUCUCAGUACAAGACUCCUAUUUGCAUCAAUUCUUCUGAAGCCUCAGCUGUUCUUGAAAGCAAUGUCCUAGCUUGCUUUUUCAGUGAUAAAUCCCCAACUCUCUGAUCAGAUAUGUCUAUGUGGAUUAUGUUAACCCACGAAAACAAUUAGAUCAUAUAGUUGAGGAUAAUGAAGGGACAAAGUUGUUCGAUGAGGUGAGUUUUUGUGUUUAUUAAGUGUGUGGUUUGUGUAGUGUCUUCCUUUUCAAUCACUAGGGUACCUGUGCUUUCCGCCAGUUUGUUUGA